GGUGGGGCCAGCGCUAGUAGUUCCGGUUCGGCUUCUGCCGCCCCUCGGCUCCUCGCCUUCCCCCCUCCCCUCCCGCACUUUUCCUCCCUCCAGUUCCUAGGAAAGAGAAGCCAACGCUGCUGGUGGGUAGAGAAGCACUCCGCGCCUCCAGGAGGGAACUGCGCUCACCCCAUCUGAGCCCCAGGACACGGCCAGACGAGGUUACAAAAUAUCCUCCUAUGCUUGGGAACUACAGACUACGUGUCCUACAAGAACUAAUCACUGGUUUUUCAUCUCCUGGAGAGAAGUUAGAAACAUAAAUAUGGUGCCAAAAGAACUCCUUUCCUUACUCUGACCACGGUUUUGUUUGGACAUACUUUUGUAUUGAAGAAAGGUAUACAGAUUAAGGCUACUCGUGCAGAGACUUUGUCGUGUAUUAUCAUGGACCAUCCUAGUAGGGAGAAGGAUGAAAGACAACGGACAACUAAACCCAUGGCACAAAGGAGUGCACACUGUUCGCGACCAUCUGGCUCCUCAACAUCCUCUGGGGUUCUUAUGGUGGGACCCAACUUCAGGGUUGGCAAGAAGAUAGGGUGUGGGAACUUCGGAGAGCUCAGAUUAGGUAAAAAUCUCUACACCAAUGAAUAUGUAGCUAUCAAACUGGAACCAAUAAAAUCACGUGCUCCACAGCUUCAUUUAGAGUACAGGUUUUAUAAACAGCUCGGCAGUGCAGGUGAUGGUCUCCCACAAGUGUACUACUUUGGACCAUGUGGGAAAUAUAAUGCCAUGGUGCUGGAGCUUCUUGGCCCUAGCUUGGAGGACUUGUUUGACCUCUGUGACCGAACUUUUACUUUGAAGACCGUAUUAAUGAUAGCCAUCCAGUUGCUUUCCCGAAUGGAAUAUGUGCACUCAAAGAAUCUCAUUUACCGAGAUGUCAAGCCAGAGAAUUUCCUGAUUGGCCGACAAGGCAAUAAAAAAGAGCAUGUUAUACACAUUAUAGACUUUGGACUGGCCAAGGAAUAUAUUGACCCUGAAACCAAAAAACAUAUACCUUAUAGGGAGCACAAAAGCUUAACUGGAACUGCAAGAUAUAUGUCUAUCAACACGCAUCUUGGCAAAGAGCAAAGCCGGCGGGAUGAUUUGGAAGCCCUAGGCCAUAUGUUCAUGUAUUUCCUUCGAGGCAGCCUACCCUGGCAAGGACUCAAGGCUGAUACGUUGAAAGAGAGAUAUCAAAAAAUUGGUGACACCAAAAGGAAUACUCCUAUUGAAGCUCUCUGUGAAAACUUUCCAGAGGAGAUGGCAACCUACCUGCGAUAUGUCAGGCGGUUAGACUUCUUUGAAAAACCUGACUAUGAGUAUUUACGGACACUCUUCACAGACCUCUUUGAAAGGAAAGGCUACGCCUUUGACUACGCCUAUGACUGGGUCGGGAGGCCUAUUCCUACUCCAGUAGGGUCAGUUCAUGUUGACUCUGGUGCAUCUGCAAUAACUCGAGAAAGCCACACACACAGGGAUCGGCCCUCACAACAGCCUAUACGAAAUCAGACUGCAUCGUCAGAGCGCCGAGGAGAGUGGGAAAUCCAGCCCAGCCGGCAGACCAAUACCUCAUACCUGACGUCUCACUUGGCUGCAGACCGCCAUGGGGGAUCAGUGCAGGUGGUUAGCUCAACCAAUGGAGAGCUGAAUGUCGAUGAUCCCACAGGAGCCCACUCCAACGCACCAAUCACAGCUCAUGCCGAGGUGGAGGUAGUGGAAGAAGCUAAGUGCUGCUGCUUCUUUAAGAGGAAAAGGAAGAAGACUGCUCAGCGCCACAAGUGACCAGUGCCUCCCAGGAGUCCUCAGGCCCUGGGGACUCUGACCCGAUUGCACCCGCAGCUCCUGCCAUUUCUCAUUGGAAGGGACUCCUCUGUGGGGGAGGGUGGAGAUCCAAACCAAAAAGAAGAAAACAGAUGCCCCCAGAAGGAGCCAGUGUGGGCAGCCAGGGCCCAGUGGAUGGGAGGCUAUCCCUACCUGCCUAAGGCUCUGAGCAGGUCCCAGAGCCGUGGGCCCUCCACCACUUGCCCUUGGGGCUGCCUGGUUGACUCUCCCUCCUAUUGUUUACAGUGAAGGUGUCAUUCACAAAAACUCAAGGACUACUAUUCUCUUCCCUCCCCUUAGUUUACUCCUGGUUCUUGCCCCACCCUCAGCCCUCUCCAGCGGAAAAGCUAAUGAGUUGAAGGCUUUGUCCGCUGAAGGAGCUUAAGAGGCUGGGGGUGUGGCCAAGAAGGUAGGGGGAAGAUGCAGGCCUGGGCUGGAGAGGGCCCAUUCCCACCUACCGGCUGCGUCUGGCAGUGUGGCUCUCUCUUCCUGGGCACCUGUGCAGCCUCCAUCCCCAGCUGGCCCGGGGGCUGCAGGUUACUCCCUCCUUCCCUUUUGUGAAGUUACACUGUAGGACACAAGCUGUGAGAAAUCUGCAGUCUACUGUCCCUGUGUGUUAACGUUCUUAGCUUUCUUGACAAGCAAACUCUGUUCUCCAGUCGUAGAACGUUGCGAAUUGUUCUGAGCAAAGGAAAAACUGACUUUAUUGCACUUUUGGUUUUUUUUUUUUUUUUUUAAACAAAAAACAUGGCAGAUGCAUAUUGUGUCUGGUUAUCUUCGGAGUUUUACUUUUUUUUCUGUUUUGAGGGGGAUGGGGCCAGCCAAGCCAUUCAGAAAGAAUAUGGGUCCAGAGGACAUUCUCAAUGGAAAGAGUUGGGUCCGCAGCACCCAGAAGAGAAGCCAAACUCUCUGUCAUUCUGAGUGAACACUCGGGUUGGCAAGGAAACAUACUUGAAUUUUCAUUCAUCUUCUCAGCUGUUGUAGAAUGUCCCUACCAGAGCCUCUUGACCUCAUCAACCUGCAGUUUGGACAGUCCAGCUCUCCAGCACGUGGGAUGAGCCAGCCAAGCCAGACUGUGACCAGGAGACAGUUCAUCCCAGAGACGGAGAUGCUUGACUCAAAAAUCUGAAAUGUCUCUUUCAUCCACUGCCAGGGAUUUCCAACUAGAUAGCCAUGUGACUUCCUUAAUGACUUGGGGGACAAAAUUGAAGCAGUACCACCAUAUUGCCACUAGUGGACAAGAAGGAAAGUGAUCCUGCCUUCCAGCUGCCAGAGGAACCUCAGGAUUUGGCUCAUCACAGGGCCGGGAAAUAAAAUUGGUGUGUACUUUUUGCCCCAAUAGCUGAGUUACCGCAUUUGGGCUGGUCUGUCUCAUCAGAAACCAAGCACCUGCAGAUUUCCUCCCAGCAGGUCCCUAGCAGCAGGCUUAGGACUCAGCACAUGGGGCUGUAGUAAACAGGAGGGUAAGAUUGGUUUAUGCUGGAAAAUUCCAGGGGAAACGAGGCUGAAAUGAAAGGUCUGAAAUUGCCUUCUCACUUGAACAUAGGCUCCUGCCAGAUAAGACGGCCACACAACCAGAGCUUGUUCUCCUAGUGCACUCUCUGCCUCCCACGGUGUGGUCACACGACAUGCUGCCAUGAAGAGUCUUGGUUCCUCGUCCACUGCUUGAAAAGUCACUGAUGUAUGGAGUUAGUCUUCUCAUGCUUGACUUGCAUUUGAGUUGAGUGGCUUAUCCACACAGUGACCUUUUAUUCCAGAUGUGAUAGUGGAGAAAGGAUUAAUUACAUCAGGGAAUGAAGUCUUGGAUCUGGGAGUAGAGAGAGCUAGCCAUGGAGGACAAUGGCUGGUGACUUAGUCUGGGGGUUUGGGGAACGCAGAAAUCACUGCUUCUGGCUCAAGGUGUAGGGCUGUCUUUUGGACUGGAGGAUGUGGGCAUACUUUCUGGCAGUUGUUGUUGCCUACCAAGUCCCUUGAUGUAUCUUAUGUGGAGCAGAAAUAGCAGCAGUAGUGUGGAUCAGAGCUACUGUGCUUCAACUGUGCUCCAUUGGGCCUUGGCUAGGCAGUAUCACUCCAAACCUGCCUCGCUCAUGCAAGGAUUGUAAUCUUUCAUUUAUUUAGAAGAAAAUUUCCUAUAAGCAAAAUGGAAUGGCUGGGAGACGCAGUGUCACAUCCCUUCCUCACAAGGAUUUAAAAUAUUGGGGUUUGCCCCCUUGUCAUUAGCUAUUAAGGCACUAUCACUGAAAACUUAUAUAGUUUUUCAUUUGGCAUUUGGGUAACUCUGACUUCUUAUAUAGAAUCUUAACUUCCACAUCCCUGUAUAGAAAAUGUCGUGCCUCUCAAGGAAGGACAAAGGGAACUGGUGAUGACGCCUGGAGCAUCCCUGGCACUGCGUAUCCCACUAAGCGCCUGCCUGCUCCCACUUCCUCAAAAAAGCAAAGGCAGUUACCAGCUUGGCUGCAGGGCAAGCCCUCUUAUAGCUCGCUUUGUGACCUUUUGGGGCAUCUUGAAUUUUUUUUAAGAGGCUAGCUCUUGAGGGAUUGAACCUGAGCAGUUGUGGGGGGGGCGGUUUCCUUUCUAAUGCACUAUUCUCACUCGCUGUCCCCCCCCACCAAAACUCUUAUUAGAUGUUUGAUUUCUCAUAAUAAAGGUGAAGAGCCCAAGUCCUUCUGGCAUGCAUGGUAAUGGUGAUCCUUCCAUGGCCAUGGGCACUCCAAGGUGGUCCCACACCUUUUAGAGAUCCUGUUGUGAUCUUCCUUAAAAUUAAAAAAAGGAUUCUCGUUGUGGCGCAGUGGUUAACGAAUCCGACUAGGAACCAUGAGGUUGUGGGUUCAAUCCCUGGCCUCGCUCAGUAGGUUAAGGAUCCGGCGUUGCCGUGAGCUGUGGUGUAGGUCGCAGAUGUGGCUCGGAUCUCGCAUUGCUGUGGCUCUGGUGUAGGCCGGCGACUACAGCUCCUAUUUAACCACUCGCCUGGGAACCUCCAUAUGCCGCGGGAAGCGGCCCUAGAAAAGGCAAAAAAAAAAAAAAAAAAAAGACCAAAAAAAUAAAUAAAAUGAAUAAUUUGGCCAUCAGUUGCAUCUCAGUCAGCAGAUCCCAUCAGGGCUCCCUCCCAGUCAGCAGAUCCCAUAGGGGCUCCCUCAGCCCCGUUGCUACAGUUGCUUAACUAUUCCUCAACCAAGCCCUUGGGAUUGGGCAUUCCCCUCCACCCACCGCCCACCCCCACCCACUUGCUCUAUAGGUUUUGAGCUUCCUCCACUUCACAGCCAUGAUGCCCAGGGGUCUUUUCCUUUGGGAUUGAUGCCAUCGUUUCUGAGUUAGCAUUAUGCUGUGACAAUAUUAGGAGUUCUCCCAAGCCCUGCAGUCCUCAGGCAUUGCUUCCUGAGCAGAUUGAGGCAAGCAGGCCAGGAAUCCACCAUGACAUAAAGGGUCCGUCCUUUAUGACCAGUGUGUGACUGUGCAGUCUAAGCAGGUACAGGUCAAUCACUUGCUAUGCACCCCUUGACGUUUCCCAGUGAUCUCACUCCAGGCUGCUCCACAGGGAUGGCCCUGGUGUGCCAGCAGCAGCAUGCUUUCAGGACUGUCUUAAUUAACAUCCUCCUGCCACUUGGGGUCUGUCUAGGAGGAAACAAGGUCUAGGAAGGUACAAAGCCAGGUGGCUAGGUUGGCCUUCAGUUAGAGCCCCAUUUUACUUCAGAAUGCAGGGCAAUGGAAGAAAGCAGGAUCCUGAGGUUUCCAGUAGAAGUGCUGGCCUGUUCAUUCUCAGUGAACUCCAAGUUCAUGGUAACAGCCCCUGCCAUUAGCCAGAAGAGUUGUCCAGUACCUUUCAACUCAGUUCACUGGAAAUGUACAUUGGGAGUACAUAUUCAGUGUUGGUUCUCAGUGUUAGUAACCACUUCUGUCCUCAGAAAUGAGUGAUGGUAACAUUGUGUCAGAGUGGUUACUGAAGAUCAUAGCCUUAACUUUUUUUAUGCAAAAGAUAUAACCUGUUCCCCCUCCCAGUGAGCAGCAUGGCCUGCAUUUUUUCAAAAAUAAGUACUUCCAUGGCAGCCUAGAAAGAAUCUCCUCUAAGGAACUUCAUCUUUUUCCUCAUACAUCUCCCAUGUCCCAGUCACCUCUUCCAUCUUCAUAGUUAAACCAGUUUUCAUUCCAGUGAAUCACCCUGACAAUGUUGUCUCUAGUGUCAGGGCCAUGUUAGCGCUAGAAUUUAUCAGAUCAGGAGCUCACGGUGCCAUACAGGCGACAUUGCUGUUGCCAGGCCACUGCCACCAUCCCUACCAUUGCCCUGAGGUGGGCAGAUGAAUUCUAAAAACUCUUAGUGAGCCAGGAUGACUAGGCACCCCAUUUGGAUUGGCCUGAGCAACAGGUACUUGUCUCUGGGGUUCUUGCUUCUGCUGACUCCAGGGCCCCAGGAAAGUCCCAUAGAGAGGUUGAUAGCCCAGUCUUCCCCACGAUGGGUUGGUUUUGUUUUCUUGGGUGGUUGGUUGUUUUUUGGUGGGGGAGGGGAGUGAUUUUGUUUCUGAAUAAGAGAAGAAACUAUGGCCCCUGUGAGGGUUUGCAGAGUUUUUAGCAGUGUUUUAGCCACAAAUAAGGAAUCUUCGAAGUCUUUGAUCAAUUAAGCCGUCUUAAAAGUAUGUUUUUCCUAAUUCCUUUUGCAGGUGACUGAGUGCAAAAGAGUAGCUUUCUCCAUUGUAUUCAAAAUAGUAAGUAGGUUCCCUGGAUAUAGACAGUAGUAGUUGACAUAUUUUCUCAAAAAGCAACUAGGAAGUCCACUCCAGUAUUUGUAGCUCAGCUUGUAUUACAAAGGAAAAAGUGAACAUAUACUCCAUAUAUUUCUAGUUUGAUUACCAAACUUAAUGUUAGAAAAGAACCUCAGUUCUGUGGACAGAAUUGAUUUUGUCGUUUUUCUUCUUUUACUCCUCACAGUCAUCUCUCCAGUGCCAUCGCCACCUUCAGAGCAGAUGGUUAUCCAUGGUUAUAAACGGGGAUGCCGUGCAGUCAUCCCGGUAACACACAUGAGAGGACAGCUGUCCUGACUGCCCUUUCCUCACAAGUCCCCUCUCUCAGGGCACAUGAGACAUGGUCAGUGUUCCUCUUCUGAGCUCCAGACCAAAUCCCAGGCCAGCCCUUAAACCGAAAGCUUUUUAAAGAGGCCUGUCAGUCUUUCAGGAAUGUCUCAGGAAGGUGAGCCAUUUCUUUGGGGAGGGGGGAAUAUAUUUACAGAUGGGUGUGUCUGGUUGAAUUUGUAUGUGUGUGGGUGUGUGUGCGCACGUGCUCACUCAUCUGUGCAUUUCACUUCCAUAGACUCACAGCCCAGGCUGCUGGGACUGUGUGUUCCUAAAUAUUCCGGGAAAUAAGUAACAAGUGAGUUUCUCAAACUAAUGUGGCAGCAAGCUGGCUCUGGGAAUGAGCCCCAUUUAUUAAGCAGAAGAGUAAACAGAAAAGAUAGAGAUGAAACCAAAAAUAUUAUAAGCCCCCCAAUGGAAAAUAAUGUUGAUUCAUCAAUUCCCAUUGGAUGUAUUAUGUGCUCUAAUUUAUUAUGUUUAUUAUUUUGCCUAUUUCUUUAAUCUUUGCCCGUUGUACUUUUAAACAUGUUGGGAUACUGAUUGCAAUUCUGAAAGCCGAGAUAAUGUAUAAAUUAGCUGUGGAAAUCAGUUUUAAUUGAUGCGUGGAUGUGUUUGAUUAUUGUUAAAUGCCUUUUUUAACCUUUUAUUUUAGAUAUGUAAUAUCUAAUUGUUUCAUAAACCCUGGCACUGGUCUGCAAAGCUCAGCUGUGAAAAUGAAACUUGUAGUAUUUUUAAACAUGAAUGUCAAUUUCAAGUGUAUUUGAAAUGGUUCCUCCAGGAGAGAGAUUUAUACACCAUUUAGUAAAAACUCCUCUGCAGAGGAAGUAGCCUUCUUUGUAGAAAAUGGAGAUGGGCCUUGCUAAUUGUCUCAGAGUAGCCCGUUUCCUAGGGCACCAUGGAAAACAUAAAUGUGAUCUUUACGAAUACCUCUUCUCCAGUCUGGGGAGGAAAGGACUCAGUUUGCACCCUUUUUGUAUGUAAAAUAAAAUGUCUUACCUUUCUUGGCUAA